AUGCGUGCUUGUGAAGAUCAUUUGCUCUUCUAUUCCUUGCAACUGGAUACUAAGCAAAUGAUUACGAACAUAUUCUGGUCAGAUUGUAGAGUGAUAAUUGAUUAUGGCCAUUUUGGAGAUGUUAUCAAUUUCGACACAACAUACAAAGUGGUACACGGCAACAGACCAUUUGUAAUUUUCUUGGGUAUGAAUCAUUACCUGGAGACCGCUGUGUUUGGACCAGCCUUAAUGUAUGAUGAGACAGCGGAUUCAUUUUUCUGGUUAUUUGAAACGUUCUUGAAAGCGAUGGGCGAAAAAAACGCCAAAGACGAUUAUUACGGAUCAAGACUCUGUAAUGGCAAAGGCAUUAAAGUCAUGCUGGUGGCGAAGCAUUAUUUAUGUGUUUGGCACUUAAUGAAUAAUGCACAGAAGAACCUACUGUUUCUAUUUAAAUACGUUGAAGGAAUAAAGAAGGUCAUCUCAAAAUUAAUGUUCCAAAUUGAGGAGGACGAUAAUUUUAUCAGGGAAUGGGAUUUAAUGAUUGCAGAACAUGGUGUUGCUGGUAAUAAGUGGCUUUCCACUUUGUUAGAUUUGAGACAUAAAUGGGCCCUGGCAUUUGUCAAACACGACCGGUCUGCAGGAAUGAGUAGCACGCAAUUGAGUGAAAACUUCAAUGGUCAAUUGAAGUAUUACCUUUCUAGACAACUUAUUCUACCAGAAUUCUUCACACACUUUGACAGAUUAUUGUCGGACAAGCAGUACAAGGAGUAUGAAGACGAGUAUGGCUUGGUGGAGAGGCAACCGGAACUAAAAACAAAGUGUCACAUAUUACGUCAAGCGGGGAAGGUGUACACCAAGGUAAUAUUUCAGCUUUUCCAAGAGGAGUUUUUAGCUGCUCCGGCGAGUCAGGCUGUUAUUAGUUGCAAUGACUUGGAUAACAAUGGACACUGUAUUUAUAAAGUUACUGGUGAGGACGGGGUGCAACAUCGUAGAGGGUUAUUUGUGCAAGCACAGUCUGAAAAUCCUUAA